AUGUAUGGAUUAGCUCUCCGAUCUGUCAUUAAGCACCAAGUAUCAGGUAGCAGCGGGUUGUUAAGGCCGUCAGUACUGAUACCUGUUCGGCAUUUUCAUACCACGCUAGCAAAUCACCGGUUCCGUUGUCGGCCAAGUCGACGGAUCGUGCGGCCAUCUCUUGCCAACGAGAUCUGGACCAAGUCUCCGAAUCCAUUGAAAGUGGCCCUCGGACUGACUGCUAUUGGAUCGCUUGUACUAUUUGUUGCACUACCUUUGUUUGUCGUGGUUGUUCCACCGCUGUUCAUCGGGACUUUUUUUGCAUAUCGAUUGGCUCGAUGGCGCAACAGGAAGCAGAUGGAGGAGAAAUGGAGUCUUUUACACAAUUCAAGACUGGUGUUCCGUCCGAGAACUACGGUAGAUCCACUACUGAUGCCACCGAUUGAUCAAAUCAACAGUGACUUGGCCAAUUUCGAGCUUCGUCGGAUUUCCAAUGCGUUUCUACUGAAUGAGAACGACAUAGCUAACUAUUUUGGAAUCGAGGAUGUCAAUGACAUUGCUCUGGGUGCCCUUGAAGGAAUCCAAUACGAAGGCAGAGUUGCAACAAAGAAUAUCCACGGUUCUUUACGCCAGGUGGACGAGCUUAUCACAGUGCAAAGCAGACCUCUUUACGAUAAACGGUCGAGAGAGAAAAUAGCACAGGUAAUUGUUAGCUUAAAGAACCUGGAUCCACCAGUCUACGAAAGUUAUAUCGAUCAACCCAGCGGAGCUGUCAAAAGUCGCUGUGUGAUCGAAAUUGUUCCACUGGGAAUAACGGCCAGCAAACGUUUCAUCAUCGAUACUCCGUCCAUAGAAGAAGACGUGAUUGAUGUGGAAGGUAGAACACGCAUAUUGUAA